AUGGGCUCUCCGGCGGGCGCUCGCAGCGCGUCCAAGGGCUCGCGGGCCAAGUCGCGCUCGGCCACGCCGCUCGGCCAGCAUGGCGGAGACGGCCUCUCGACGCCGACGGCCGCCUCGUUUCCGCCGCUCGAGCCGUCGAGGCCAAAGACGCGGUUAGAGUCGCACGAGCUCCACCUCGUCCUUUCCGAGAUCUCUGCGGUCACGUCGGCGAUGCGCAAAAACACGCGGUGGAGCGCCGCCUCGUCGGCAGCCUUCAGCGGCCUCACCUCGUACAGCCUGGCGCAGGCGUCGCUGGCAGGCUCGUCGCUCCCGACCGCCGCUUCGUCUACCGCCGUCGCAGGUGCAGGCGUUUCCGCUGCCGGAGACGCAGCGGGCGAAUCGAGCACGGCGCCUGGCCUCAGCGCCAGCAUGGGCCUCAGGAUCAACCCCAGGGGCAAGCAGGCCGAGCCGGCAGCGGCAGCGGCAGCAGCGACGAUGACGGCGACCGCGUCCAGAAGGAGCGGCUACUCUGCGGCUUCCGACGGCAAGGGCGACGACGGCCUCGGGCUCCUGACCGGCUUUGCCGUGCUGCGGGCUCAGCUGCGCGAGUGCGCCAGCUUUUCCGCCUUUCCGCUGCCCCUGCUCAUCUCGCCCUUUCUCCGCGUCAUCCUCAGCCCAAAGACGACGGGGCCCAUCACGUCGGCGGCGCUCCAGUCGGUCCACCGCUUCCUCGCCUACGGCCUCAUCAGGCUGUCGUCUCCGGGCGCGCAGGCCGCCAUCUCCGACAUCGCCCACGCCACCAGCCACUGCCGCUUCGAGGCUUCCGAGGCGAGCGCCGACGAGCUGGUGCUGCUGCGCAUCCUCGCCGUAAUGCAGGAGCUCAUCUGCGAGCCCGGCAGCGGCGGCGGCGUCCUGACGCCCGCCUUUGAGCCGCCCGCGCGCGAGGGGCUGCCGCCUCGGCCCAAGGCGCUCGCCGACUGCCUCGACGACGACAGCAUCUGCGAGAUGAUGGAGACGGGCCUCAGCAUGUGCUGCCAGAUGCGCCUCAGCAACCUGCUCCGCAGGACGGCCGAGCAGGCCAUGGUCGCCAUGCUGCGCUCGCUCUUCAGCAGGCUCGCCUCGAUCCCCACGGCCGCCGACGAGUUCUACUCGGCCGACCCCAACGCGCCCGAGCCCGAGCCCGAGCAUGCCACGCUCGCCGCCGAGCCCGUCGGCGAGGAUGCCGAGCUCGACGAAAAGAAGCGGCGGCGGAUGACGAUGCCGGAUCCGACCAGCAACGCCUUUCCUGCCGCGGCGGCCCAGUCGCUCAAGGACCUCAAGGCCAUCGGCGAGGCCGAGGAGGCCGAAGAGGCCGCUGCUGCCGCCGGCUCCUCCUCCGCAGACACCGAGGACGCCACCUCUGCGGCCGGAGGCGAUGCAGACGAUCAAGGCAGCGUCUCGGGCGCCGGAGACGUCGACGCGCGAUCCUCGACGGCCGCGAGCUCUCGCGAUGGCGACGGGGAGGUCGACGGUGUCGAGCAGGCCGCCGACUUUGCUCCGAUCGCGGUCCAGUCGUACGGCCUGCCGGCGGCCAAGGAAGUGCUGCGCGUGCUCGUGUCGCUGCUCGACGUGACCAACCCGCAGCACACCGAUACGAUGCGGCUGCUGGGCCUGGCGAUGCUGGCGAGCGUGCUCGAGGCCGCCGGCAAGUCGAUUGGCAGGUUCCCCUCGCUGCGCGCCAUUGUGCAGGACACGGCCUGCAAGCACCUCUUCCUGCUGGCGCGCACCGACAACACGACCCUGCUGUCGCUCAGCCUGCGCUGCAUCUCGAUCCUGUUUGAAAACAUGCGCGAGCACCUCAAGCUGCAGCACGACCGUGGAACGACCGGCCGCUGA